UUUAAGAAAUAGAUUCUUUGUACUUACGAAAUGGAGUUAAUUAAAUAACCACGACGAGAUGCGAAUUUUAUUUGUUAUGCCAAUUACAUGGAGAGAAACAACGAGACAUCGAGUAAAUACAUGAAAAUGUAUCAAACGAAAUUUUGAAGAAAUAUUUACAGUAUGGAGGAUCUAAAGUGUAAAUUUUUCGGUCUUAUUAACAAACAGAAUGCAACCAAGAUUCCACUUAUGGGUUUAAGUCCAGAUCUACUCAAUCCGUCAGAAGCUCAGAAAUCAGAUGACAUACAACAUAAAGUUGAUCAUUCAACAGAAAGUAAACGCAUUCCUGAUGAAAAUAUAUUAGAAUCUAUAGAGAAAAUUUAUUUUGAGACAGAUCAGAAUUUUGAUGCUUGCAGACAUGAGUUAAAAAAAUUGCCAAAAGUGCUGCAAUCUACAGAAAUUGAAAAGUGUUACGAAAAACUUAAGCAGCAACAUCAGGUUGUCUCAAGUAAAGUCCUCCAACAUAUUUUGGAAAAACAGGAUGCUUGCAAGGAAGAAUUUGAAAAGAUUUUACUAAUACAAGAACAAUUACAAGACGUGUUAGAAAUAUGCAGAAUGGGAAGAGCUGAUCUAAAGUUAGCGGAAAGACAAUUCACAACAGCUAGUUUAGGAAUAUUAGCAAAUUAUAAAAGAAGGCAAAUUGUAGAAGAACUAUUAAACAACUUAAAUACCAUAAAAACAUUGCAGCGUACAGGAGACAGAUUACAAGAAUUGUUAAAUGAAAAAAAUUAUCCUAGAGCAAUAUCAUUACUUUUAGAAUGUCAAAGUGCAGCGCAAACAUAUAAACAUUUUCAUUGCAUUGCUGCUCUAAAUGGAAAGUUACAAGAUAUAUUGGAACAAGCAGAGGAAGCCCUGGAUGUUACACUUUCAAAAAUGUGUACGCAAUUCGAUGUGACAAUAUACACAUCAAUACAAGAAGCUUACACUCUACUUGGAAAAACUCAAUCUGCAAUGGAUCAAUUGCAUAUGCAUUUCACUGCUGCGAUUCACAAUACCGCUUUUGCAGCUGUUCAUUCAUAUGCAGGUGGAGAUACAAAGAGGCAAUACAAACAACUUUGUCAAUCAGUGCCUCGUGAAAGUUGCAUUGCUUGUCUAACAGAAUUGUGUAAAUCAUUAUGGACAAUAUUAAGUUCUUACUACUUGGUAGUAAACUGGCAUAAUACACAAGAAAAUAAAGUUAAACUUAAAGCCGAUAUUAAAGAUUUAGAAGAAACCUUCAGCAAACAGUAUGUGAAACAUAAAUUAGAAAACAGUAUGAUUCGCGUAUGGCACGAUGUUGAAAUGAAGAUAUCGAUAUUUUUAAUGAACGCGGAUUUAACUUAUAUUAAAUUCGAACAGUUCGUUCAAGUUUUAGGUGUAGUUAACAGAUUAAUGGAAAUUGGAGAGGAGUUGUGCAAUUUCAAAUCAGAAAAUCUACAGGAGUCUAUAAGACAACAAUCUUUAUCAUACUUUUCUCAUUAUCAUGCAUCAAGACUAGACGAGCUUAGAAUAUUUUUAGAAAAUGAUGGAUGGGAAUUAUGCCCUGUUAAAUCCAAUUUCGUUGCGACUCAAUUGCAAGAAUUCAAAAGUUUAAAACCAUCACUGAAUAGUUGUAAAGUAUGGAACAAUUUAGAUAACUCUAAUGUUGGUGAAAAUGAUAAUCCUAUGGGAAUAGAAUGGAUCCAGAAAUAUUUAGAAGGAGGUGCAUCACCGUUUUCUAUAGGUCUAGAUGACACAAUGGAUGAAGAUAUUUUAAUAAAUAACGAGGAUAACCAUUUGGCAUAUUUUUCCGAUGAAUCUGAUGAUGAUAUUCCUGAUGAAUUAAAACGCGAAUAUGUCGAUGAUUCAGAUCACGUAAAAACGAACAAAAAAAAGGGUAAACUAAAAUUGUCGGGACCGAUGGUUACAAAUACUACACUGAGUAUAUUGCGUGUUUGUGGAAAGUAUUUGCAAAUGUCUAGAUUAUUGCGAUCAAUCGCGGUCACUGUCAUACAAAGUAUGAUACAGUUUUAUGAGCUGUGCUUUUAUACUGUACAUUUAUUCUUUACUUCAGAUCUGCAAAUAAAUAGCGAUUCCUUGUAUAGUCCAAAAUUAAAGUUAUCACUGGCAAGAAUUAAGGAGAAUUUAAUUAUUUGCGAGAAUGAUACCGAAGAUAAUCUCAAAUUAAAUUCUGAUAAAGUACGACAGCCGCAGCUCUCUACCAUUGUAAAUUUAUCGCAACCGGAAAAUCUUCAUGGCUUGACUGAACGUAUUGUAGCAGUGGAAUCCUUGAUAUUUUUAGGUAGACAAUAUGAAAGUUUGAAACCGUAUCUAGAACAUCUUAUUGGUGCUAGUCCACAACGUGGUUUUCUCCAUCAAUUUUACAUGCAAACUAUAGCAUCAACAACAGAUUUAAGAAAGCCGGUAUACAUGGCGGUGACAUCCCAAGCAUUCGAUGUUGCAAAUAUAUUAAAUUUAAUGAACAAAGUCAACUGGGAGGUGACAGAUGUCAUGUCCCAACAUAGCGGAUACAUUGAUGCUCUACUGCAGGAAAUAUACGUUUUAAACGAAAAGUUGAAAAAUAUUGGAAGUUGUCUUCCUUUGGCGGACGAUGUAUAUAUUGCUGUCUGGGAAAAUGUUGCACAUUUAAUAACUCAUACUUUGGUAGAAGGAUUUUCUAGUGCUAAAAAGUGUUCAAACGGUGGCAGAGCAUUGAUGCAACUCGAUUUCACGCAGUUGAAGUCAAAGUUUGAGACAAUGACUUCUUUGCGGCCGAUGCCGCAUAGAGAAUACGUUGAAUUAUACAUUAAAGCUUACUAUCUUCCUGAGAACAGUUUAGAAGAAUGGAUAAAAGAACAUAAGGAGUACUCUAUCAAGCAUCUAAUUGGCUUAAUUUCCUCAGCUUGUCAGAAUAAUAAAAAAACUCGACAACGUUUGAUAGCACUUAUAGAAGAGCAACGACCCAGUAGAUAGCAUAGGGCUAUACAUUACAAUACAUCUCAAGAUUAUGUCGAAAUAGGAAUUGCAUAAUGGACGAAUUUGUAGGAAUAACAAAAAAAAAAAAAAAGACAGAAAAAAGCGUGAAAAAAUGUAUUUUCUCUCUGUACAUAUUCGAAAACUUUUAUUAUGUAUCACCAAAGUAAGCAAACCAACUUAAAAACUCUCUAAUUUUCAUGACAUUUUUGUUUACUCA